AUUUGCCUUCGAACUUUCGAGCGGAGCGGAGCUACGUAUUUUAUUCGUGUAAUCAAAGUAUCUAUUAUAUUUUACCAUGGGCGAUUCUUAUGAAACCAAUGGCGAUUAUAAAAACUAUGAGGGUGCAGGAUCAAGUGAUUUUAAAAGAAAAUCAAAAACAGAAGAUGAGAGAAUUGAAGAGGAAGAAGAUACCAACAACGCACCGGGUGAAAGCAAAAUCAAUGACUACGUUAAAGAGCUUUUAGGCGAAAAGCUUAAUAUUGAUCACAAGUUGGGCCACACACUUCGAUUGAUAGACCAAGAGGUCAACAGAGCUCAAACUGAAGGAAAGCUGCCUCACAGAGAAAAUAAGUAUGUCGAUAUAUAUAGAGAAAAACCAAUCAAAGUGUCGGUCAAAGUGCUUGUGCCGGUCCGAGAGCACCCUAAAUUCAACUUUGUUGGAAAACUGUUGGGACCUAAGGGUAAUUCCAUGAAAAGAUUACAAGAAGAUACUAUGUGUAAGAUGGCCGUCUUAGGUAGAGGCUCAAUGAAAGACAGACAAAAGGAAGAAGAACUUCGUAAUUCCUUAGAUCCCAAAUAUGCUCAUUUGGCUGAUGAUCUACAUGUUGAAAUAUCGGCUUUGGGUCCUCCAGCAGAAGCUCACGCUCGAGUUGCUUAUGCUUUGGCUGAAGUCCGUAAAUAUUUGGUCCCUGAUAAUAAUGAUACAAUUCGCCAAGAACAAAUGCGUGAAAUGAUGACUGAACCCAAUGCACCGCCAGAAGAAAUGAGAGGAGCACCCACAUUUAGACGAGGUGGUAUGGCUGGUGGUGCUUCUCGUGGAGGAGGAUUACUAAGCAGUCGUGGCAGUCUUCGACCAUCUGGGGGUAUGCUUUCUGGUGUUUCUAAUGUUGUAUCCGGGCCUCGAUCACCCGUACCUACACCUCGUGUUAUGCCUGCUAAAACUAAGAUACUUUCCAUUUUAGAUAGAGCAAGAGUUGCCAUGGAGGAGAGCUAUGGAUAUGAAGAACCACCAUUCGAAAGCUCUUAUGGAGGAGGAGAUAGUUAUUCAUAUUCUGCACCACCGCCCCCUUCUUCUAGAGUGAGAUACAGUGCUCCUGCACAUCCAGCUGAUUAUGAACCAGCGGAGUAUGGUGAAUAUGCUUAUCGUCGUGGUAUGGAUUAUGAAGAAGAUACAGGAAGUUCCCGCUGGAAGUCGUACAGCUCCUCUAAGGGCCGUGUUGAGGAACCGUCUCUAACUAGCCGUCACGUGAGCACCCGCGAUACGCGUUAUCGUAGCUCCCCUUACUCAAGACCUACAAAAUAAAUCGUGCAAUAUAAAUGAAAUUGCAUUUAAAGUUCGACAUUAACAUAUUUAAUUUGAAAUAUAAUUAAAUAAGAAUUUACAAUUUAAUCUUACAUUAUUAUAAAUGUAACUUUAUUUUAUUUUAUUAUCUUUAAAAUCGAGUGAGAUUUAAUUUUCUUUAUAUAUAUAUAUAUAAAAUUAUACA